AUUGCUUUUUGGUCCUUGAAAUCCUACACGGAUACAUUGUGCUAUUUACAUGUCAAUAAAAUUACCUACAGCAAUAUGCGACUGACGGGUGGUUUGCUGGCUGCACUGCUGUGCUCGUACGCAGCAUCGGUGCAGGCGUGGGAUCUUCCUCCAUUCGACGAGACAGUCCUCCGCAUCCGCACAGCAGUAACUGAUUACAUCAACACCGCACUCAAUGACGACCCUGACAGGAAGGUCUACGGACGGAGUCAAGACGUCAAGUAUGAGUUUCUCAUCACAAGUAACGAAUGCAAUACCAAUAACCUACCGUCGAUGCUUCACGGGGCCGUCGGCCAGUACCUCAGCAACCCUGCCAAAAGCUUUGACGAAGGAAGCACUCAGUGCUUGGUGUUUGACCAGGGUGGGCCUUGUCAUGGGUAUAUGAAGAUUGGGCGGGUAGCGGAUUUUGAUUCGGAGGUGUACUGUGGACCGGUUUUGGAGUUUGAAACUGUUAUUUGAACUAGCUUGAUCGUUCUUUGCGAGUACUAUCAGGCUGUUCGACGUUAGAUACAUGGUGGUCUUAAUAAAUAGGGUCUGGCUAUCCAUCACUGCCGGUGAUUUCACUCUUCCAGUCUUCUCAACAAAGAUCAGCCUCUUCUCUUUCCACACGGCCAUCAUGGCUAAACUCAUGAAAUGGGCCACAAAGGCGCUUCGACGGAGUCCCUCCCCUCCCUGAUGCUUUCCCACCAGCGGCUUCGCAACUGUCUGUCCCUGGGAGGUGCUUGACGAGGAACAGUUUGAGCAGUUCAAACAAGGGCAAUAUUAUCCUGCUAAUAUUGGCGAUGUGAUUAAAUUCAAAUACCAAUACCAGGUUAUUGGUAAACUCGGUUCUGGGACUACUCCUACAGUAUGGCUCGCUCGUGAUGUUGAGUAAGUCGGGGUACUUAUUUUACUAAACACUGACCACUGACAACCAGAGGUCAUCAAUACGUGACACUCGAAAUCUACACGCGUGACGAAGGUAACCAGGAAGAGUUCAG